AUGAACGACGGUGGUGGUGGCGGUGGUAGUGGUGGUUACCGGCCGUUUGCCGUGAACUUCCAAAACCCUAUCCUCCCACCUUUCCCACCGGUGAUUGUUCCCCAAAGAAACGAUCAUCAAGAGAUUUCCCCCUUCCCGAAGAGCUUUGGUUCUUCUUCAUCGUCGUUUCACGGCGGCGCAAGCAGUUCUAACGGCCUGCUGCCGCCCGAUGCCGCGGCGGCGUCUUGGCUGAGUCAUCUCCCGAACUUAAACAACUUCGGGAGCCGUGGCGGCUUUCCCCACGGACUGGUGCCGGCGCCGGCGCCGGCGAGCUGGGUCCACCAUAACCCGGAAAAUGCAUAUCCUCAAGAAACAAGAAGAGAGAAAGAACAUGAACGCCGCCCCUCUAAUGGAGUCGUCUUCAUCAAGGGCCAGUGGACUGAAGAAGAGGAUGGGCUUCUGAUUAGGUUGGUGAACCAGUACGGAGAUAGGCGAUGGAGUGUGAUCGCCACCAAGAUUGUCGGCCGUGCCGGAAAACAGUGCAGAGAAAGGUGGCACAACCACCUUCGCCCUGAUAUUAAGAAGGAAUCGUGGAGUGAGGAAGAAGAGAGGCUGUUGGUGGAAGUGCAUGAGCAACUGGGAAACCGGUGGUCGGAGAUCGCGAAACAGAUUCCCGGCCGGUCGGAAAACUCGAUCAAGAACCACUGGAACGCCACCAAGAGACGCCAGUUCUCCAAGCGGAGACUGAAGUCGUCGUUGCAGGACGCCGGGAGCAGCUCCGGCGCCGGCGGGAGGAGAAAAUCGGUGGUUCUUCAGAACUAUAUAAAGUAUAAGUACUUCAGUGGCCUCACCCUCGGCCCGCCCGGAACGCUCGUUGCAGAGCACCCUUCAAUCCAACAGCAGGUUAACAAUGGCGGUUCUCCGGCGCCGGCGGAGGAGCAAGAUAACCGCGAUUCGCCGUCGAUUUUGACGGAGACGUACGACGAGGAGAUGAACUUCAUGCAGAAACUGUUCGGCAACUCCUCGUCGUCGUCGUCGACGGCGGCGAACAAUGGGUCCCGGAGCAAUAAAAGCAGCGCGGAAUUCGCGGCGGUUGAGCGGAGGACUAAUGAAGACAGCGUGGCGACGGAGGAGGACAGCUGGAGCACCUAUCUAGCGUCCGAUCCUAACUUGUACGAAAUGGGCGGUGCUGAUCAAAUCAUCAACUCAACUCCACUAGCCCCCGCCGCCGCUAACAACACAAACUCCGGCGCCGCCGGUUCUCACCGUGGAGCCCCACCCGCCGGGACGAUGAACCGCUGGUGUUCCUCCGCCGCCACCGCCGCCGCAAUGGAUAUGGAUUUUAUGGACUUUGUGUCUGCUUCUUCUUCUUCUCAGUACUGCUCAUGCCCCCAUGGCUAUGGAAGCUUCUGCACCAAAACCCCGCGCCAAAUGUUCUAA